AGUCGGCUCAAGUGGCCUCCCCCGUUGCUCAGUGAAGCCGACGCAACGGUCGGAUGAGGAUCUUUAUUCAUAAUGUGGACUCCUACAUUGGGAGAGCGCUGGUGAAAGAGCUGAGGAAGGCCGAUGGCGGCCUCAAUCGCAUCUUCGGCACCGUGAAGAGCGGCUCCUCCGCGCCGCCCGCGGUGAAGCGCGUCGUGUGCCGCGACGAUCCCAAGAAGGCCAAGAAGAUGGCUGAGACCAUGCAGUCCUGCAGAUUGGUGGUCAUCAGUUUGAACGACUGCAGCUUGGAGGAUCUUCACUUCGCCAUCACCGCGUUGAAAGUCGACCCCAAGGUCACGCCGCCCAAAGUGCUCGGCGAGUUGGAGAGCGAGGUGAUCUUCCUGGUGAUCUCCUCUGCCAUCAAGGACGGCCCGCACGGUUCCCUCGACGCUGCGGCUGGCGUCCGCGCCUGCGAGAAUGGUGGCCUCCAGGAUGGAGGGAGAUGUCAAGUGUCAAGAUGA